AUGGUACUUCUCCUCUCUCCUGCGCCGAGAUAUACAACUGCGUUGUGGCCAAUACCCAGCUCCCUGUCGAGGGGCGCUACUGCCGUCAAAUUAUCCUCAGUUUUUGACAUUCACAUCGACAUCUCUAGUCCGCCUGCUGAUCUCGUCGCAGCUGUUUCGCGUACCCGGUCCAGGAUUACUACGGAUCGCUUCCAGCGACUUGUUAUAGGCAGAAGCUCUGCCGAUAUCAGCUCCAUCUCCUCCGCUCGUACGCUUACCUCGCUGAGCCUCGCUCUGCAUCCCGGCUCUCUUGUGCGGAGCAUAGCCGAUGAAACGAACCAGCCAAUCACUUCCAGGAGCGAAGUUUAUUCACUAGCAAUCACGGGUGAUAGGCCAUCAGCUAUUCUUAUAGCCAAUUCAACCCUUGGGCUGUUCAGAGGACUUGCGACCUUCGAGCAGCUAUGGUAUGACCUUAAUGGGACGAAGUACUUGCUCGACGGCGGGAUAGACAUUGUGGAUCAGCCUGCAUUCCCUUACAGGGGGUUCUCGUUCGACACCUCCAGAAACUUCUAUCCUGUCGCCGAUAUUCUGCGCACUAUCGACGCGAUGUCAUGGGUCAAGCUUAGCAUUUUGUAUUGGCAUGUCAUCGACAGCCAAAGUUUUCCUCUGCAUGUCGAGGCAUACCCUGAGCUCGCUGAGAAAGGAGCGUACUCCGCCGAGGAGAUCUAUUCCCAGAACGAUAUCCGGACUAUCGUUCAGUAUGCUAACGAGCGUGGCGUCGACGUCGUGAUGGAACUCGACUCGCCUGGGCAUACCACCGCCAUCGGUGCAGCGCAUCCCGAACUCAUCGCUUGUGCGGCAAAAUCUCCGUGGGCAAGCUAUGCGUCAGAGCCGCCUGCCGGCCAGCUGCGGAUCGCCUCCCCCGCAACCGUCGAGUUUGCGAAGACGCUCUUCGACUCCGUGGCGUCCGUGCUGCCGAGCAAGAUGAUGAGUUCCGGUGGAGACGAAGUCAACCUCCCUUGUUGGGAGGAAGACGAGGAGACAGAGACAGAUCUAGCAGAGCGGAACAUCACGAUCGCAGAUGCUCUGAACGACUUCGUACAGGCUGUGCAAGGGGUGAUAACAUCUCACGGAAAGACGCCAUUCAUCAAAAGCGACAUGGUGCUCACCCACAAUGUCCCCGUUGUCAACGACACUGUAGUUGUCGUUUGGCAGACAUCAGAGGAUGCUGUGUCAGUGGCCGAAAGAAAUCUUCGGUUCAUACACCAACCUUCCAACUAUUUCUACCUAGAUUGCGGUGCGGGCGAGUGGUUGGGGAACGACGUCUUAGGGAACAGCUGGUGUGACCCAUUCAAGACAUGGCAAAGGGCGUACUCGUUCGAUCCGUUGGCCAAUCUCACCGAAGAUCAGCAUCACUUGGUCCUCGGAGGCCAGAUGCCAAUCUGGAGCGAGCAAUCCUCUCCGGAGAACCUCGAUCCCAUCAUUUGGCCACGGCUUGCUGUAGCUGCAGAAGUGUUCUGGACAGGCGCGACACUGCCUGACGGGUCACCUCGCUUGGGGCCCAACGCGACGAGCGGCAGGAACGCCCUUGCUCGCCUGAAUGAGCUACGGUAUCGCCUCGUCGACCGCGGCGUGAGUGCCAUCGCUCUGCAGCCCAAGUGGUGUGUCCUGCGACCGGGAGAAUGUGAUCUCGACUCGUAA